AUGCUAACAUUUCUGCCAUUGCCGCGCUCUCUUAUCUUUCUAGAGUCAUCGGAACAGAUUCUCAAGAGAAAAAUGGAUGAAGAUCCACAGUAUAUUUCACCUUCAAAGAAGAUGCGCAUUGAGGAAGGGUGGAGAGAAUACAGGGCUUCUGAUGGAAAAUGGUCACGUUACCACCCUCUUGGAUCGCAAUGCUGGAGAAUCCUGAAGACCCGCCCGAUGCACCUUGGUGAUCAAGUUCACAUUCCAUCCUUGGGCCUCACACCGAAAGAAUUUGAGGAAUAUAAUUCGGGAUUUAUAAUUACGGAUCAGAUGCUAGAAUUGUGGAAGGAGAUUAGUGCUGAACAAAGGUUUUCAUUUCGGCGAGUCCUUUCUGGUCCUAUGGGGGUUGGCAAGUCAUAUCUAUCCUAUUUCCUUGCUGCAAAAGGAUAUGCGGAAGGGUGGCUUACCCUUUAUAUACCAGAUGCCGCGAUAUUAAAUGAAAGUUCGGAUACAAAAUCGGCAAAGGCACUGUUAAGGCGCUUCUUCGCUUUCAACAGGGAUAUCUUGACGGCAUCUGAUCUGGAAAGUCUCCUCGACUUUUCUGAAGUUAUAGAUUGCUCAAUUGUGGCUGCUCGCGCAGUAUUCGACCUAUUCAAACAGAAGGAGCGCAAAACACUGUUCAUUAUCGACGAACAUGGAGAGUUAUUCCAAAAAGAGCCGUAUGUGCCGGAUAAAUACCCGUUCCUGAAGCAUCUAAUGAACCUUAAUCUAUGGCAGUCUCAUUACAAAGGAUCUAGAGUGAUAUUUACAGGAACAGCCCAUGCCAAAUAUGAAUUGCAGAUUAUGGA